AAUGGAUGAACUGUAAUGCUCAAGUACCUGUUACUCAUGAAGAGUAACUACACAGCAUGGUCGAUAAAGGUGCGUGUCAACUUAUAAGCACAAGGCAUGUGGAACACCAUUGACCAUGGUGACGUUGAGGAGCAUAAGGAUAGAAUGGCUCAUGCCGCCAUCUACCAAGCAGUCCCGGAGGACGUUCUUCUCAUGUUGGAAGAGAAGGACUCGACAAAGGUAGCGUGGGAGACGCUGCAAACCAUGCAUGUGGGUGUGGAACGUGUCAAGGAAGCAAAGGUGCAUACCUUGAAGAGUAAGUUUGAGGCUAUUCCCAUGAAGGACGGUGAGUCAAUAGAUGGCUUUACCAUGAAGUUGAUGACGAUCGUUAGCGGCAUCCGUUUAUUAGGCAGCAUGGUGGAAGAAAUCUUCGUCGUCAAGAAGUUCCUUCGAGUUGUUCCCCCAAAAUUCAUGCAAAUUGUUACCUCCAUCGAGCAAUUCGGUGACUUCAAGAACAUAUCAGAUGAGGAGGUUGUUGGUCGUCUUAAGGUCCAUGAAGAGAGACUUCGUGGUUAUUAAGACAAAUAGGAGGAGAAACACCUCUUACUCACAUAUGAGGAGUGGCUCGCUUAGACGAAAAGGAAUGAUGCAGUCGACUCUUCUUUUUCAAGUACGAGAGAACAUGGCAACCAUAACAAGGAAAACAGAGGUCGUGGACGUGGUCGUGGACAUGGCUGAGGACGUGGUGGUAGAGGAGGUCGUGAUAAUACCUCACAAACCCAUGACAAUUCCAACCCUUGGAAGGACAAGAGUAUGAUCAAGAUUUACUCUUGUGGAAAAUAUGGGCACUAUGCAGUAGAGU